AUGCUCACAGCAGCUUUAUUUGUAGUAGCCUAUGAUGGGAAACAACCAAAUGUCCAUCAACAGAGCAAAGUCCACAAAAAGUUCCACCGAGAUGUGCUGAGCAAAGGCCAGAUUCCCGUAAGAAAACAAGUGCAACAUCUCAGCCACUCUGCCCUCAUCCCGGCUGUGAACCCUACCAGCCCGGGAGGGUCUGUGUCAUUGGCAAUGAGCCCUGUGCUGUCAGCGUUCAUGAGAGAGAUCCCCAGCUGGUUCCUACUCUGUGGGGUCUUCUUACCUGUGACUUUGCUGCUACUCCUUCUCAUUGCCUACUUCAGGAUCAAACUGCUGGAGGUCAAGGAAGAACUGUCCCUGACUCCUGGUCGCCAACACGACAGCAAGGAUAACUCUUCUCUGUACAAGAGAAUGAAACAGACGUGACUAAUCAAUGACUGAACUUCUACUGAUCAGAGGAACGGCUUAGCUCAUAAAGUAGGUUAAUAAACUAGAACCACAGCAAAAACAGAAAGAAUACAAAGAUGCUCGUUCUGAACCAGAUUGAAAAGUGGCAGCUAUUAUCCAAAAGGGCUUCUUUUAGACUCAGCUUAAAGAACAGUUCCUCGGAGAGUAUCAAGAAUCUUAAGAUUUUCUUAGGUGUGCUCUAUGGACUGGACGCAUUGUAACUUUCUUUUAUAGGAAAAUGUUUACUCUGAAGGGCAUAUUUAAAAAAUUAAGUCCUUAAGCAUCAUUAUUACGUAAUCCUGUGGAAGCCCACACUAUUUGAGAAAUAAAGAAACUCUGGUAGAGAACAAAUGGACAGCAAAAGAUGGAUGCCUCAAGAGCUCUGCGGAUUCCCUCUAUGAGAGCAGUCCCCCUUCCUCCUCUUGCAGUUUGGCAACUCUUGAUACUUUUUCAAACAUCAUUCUGGCCCUAAGUUUGCUUCUCUCCUCCUUCUUCCAGUUGCUUUCACAAUCCCAUUAUCAAAUCACAAAACCAGUGCAGUCUCUCGAUAUGAGAUAUGAAACGUCCGCGAAUGCAGCUUUCAGCAUGGGGUGACUUGGAAAUACCGGCCAUUUGGUACUGGGGGGAAAAAGCAGAAUAUUCAUGUAUCUCAUGAGGAGAAUAAUUCAAGACUUUGCCUUUAACACCCAAACAUCAGGGAGCUAUUUCAAAAUAAGAAGUCAACGUUUCCCAAGCAGAAUUCUUCUCUUUCAGUGGGAGCUCCAAAGAGCCAACAUAGGUAAUCGUUUAAAAGGAACAUUUAAUUCAAAGUGGUAGUUAGAAUAGUAACUACUAUUGUGCUUUCCAGUUUUCUAAUUAACAUUAACAAAAGAUACUUAACAUGUCCUAAGUGUAAGUCUGAUUAUAUUCCAGUAUUUGCAUAUUACUCUAACAGGCUAUAAGUGAUUAACUUUAUAAAACGUAAGGUAUUUGGUCACUUGGAAAUGCACCCAUCCGUAGUGACAUACAAUCACACAAAAGAUUGUGUGGAUGACAGAAAGCAAGCAUGUGCCACCAGUGCUGGAUAUUUUCUGCUUCUCCCCUUCACCCCCAAAUUCUUCAUAUGUACUCAGUGAGCUAUUGGUCUCCAUUUGUACUUCUUGAAUAUGAAACUCACUGUUUGACUGAAGACACUAUUCUGUGGUUUAUUGUAUUUGAUUACAAUGAAAAUGUCUGGGGCUCUCAGGCUGAGGUAAUUUAGAAUAACAGUGUUUAUGCCAUAUGGAAGGAAUAACAAUAUUCUUUCAGUUCUGGGAGGAAUCUCUUUUUAGCCCCUGGUGGAAAUCAGCUUAUGUAAAAAUGCUUUCUUUAACAGAAGGCGUGUAAGGAUGAAUCGUGUUCCCAGCUGCCAGCUAAAUCUGUGGUUCGGCCACCAGCAUUUGCUCCACCUUCUUCUGGAAAAUGGGAACUUUGGAAGCCUGACUUUUGGCUCCGGGUGGACGCCAUCCCACCAUCUCUGCCUUAUCAGGGAAAAUGCAUCUCAGCUACUGUGGCAACAGAUGAGCUCUAAACAAACACGUUUUCAGCAAUAAGCAUAACCAAGUAGUUUAAAGCAAGACCUAUUACUUUUGUUGCUGUUGAAUGAGAGUAAGGAAUUUCCAAUGAAAUUAUGAGUAGAUUCGUGAAUGUUUUUAAAUGGAGAGAGAAACAGAAACAUGCUAAUUUUCCCAUGGAGAGACCAAGUCCCAAGGGUUUCACUAUAUUCUGCUUGAAGGCACCACUCCUCAAUUUGACAAGCCCUCUGAAGAGCACAGCCAGCCAGUGGCCUGGCCGUUCCUUUGCUCUUCACAUGCUCAUGUCCGGUUUUAGAUCUCCUUUCACCUGGAACUGCUACGGCUGUUCUUCAUCCUUGCAGCCACCUCGAUUGGGCCAGCAGCCUCCCUUCAUUCUCCCAUAUUCUGCUCCCUCCAAUGCUCUAAAGCCUUCCAGCCCAGACCAAAAAUGCUCUCACAAAUCUAAAUGUGAUUACCAGUUCCUAGUCUUCUUUCUAAUGUUCUAAUAUCUGAAAGCAUUCCCAAUUCUAUUUCCCCAACAGGAGACCAAUAAAACAUUUUAAUGGGUGCUUUAAGUUUUAUGUUGCCAUUUCUUCAGUGAAAAUUUACCAAAGAAUAAAUUAUUUUUUACAGAG